CCCGCGCCCGGGGCGGUUUCCACGAGCCGGCGAAGAUGGCCGAGAACUUGCUGGACGGCCCGCCCAACCCGAAACGAGCCAAACUCAGCUCGCCCGGCUUCUCGGCGAAUGACAGCACCGAUUUCGGAUCAUUGUUUGACUUGGAAAAUGAUCUUCCUGAUGAGCUGAUCCCCAAUGGGGGAGAAUUAGGCCUUUUAAACAGUGGGAACCUUGUUCCAGAUGCUGCUUCCAAACAUAAACAACUGUCGGAGCUUCUGCGUGGAGGCAGCGGCUCCAGUAUCAACCCAGGAAUAGGAAAUGUCAGCGCAAGCAGCCCAGUGCAGCAAGGCCUGGGGGGCCAGGCCCCAGGGCAGCCGAACAGCACAAACAUGGCUAGCCUGGGGGCCAUGGGCAAGAGCCCUCUGAACCAGGGAGACACUGCAGCCCCAAGCCUGCCCAAGCAGGCGGCCAGCACCUCUGGGCCCACUCCUCCGGCUUCCCAAGCACUGAAUCCACAAGCACAAAAGCAAGUGGGGCUGGUAACCAGUAGCCCUGCCACGUCGCAGACGGGACCCGGCAUCUGCAUGAACGCAAACUUUAAUCAGACCCACCCUGGCCUCCUCAACAGUAACUCUGGCCAUAGUCUAAUGAACCAGGCCCAGCAGGGGCAGGCGCAAGUUAUGAAUGGAUCUCUUGGGGCGGCUGGCAGAGGAAGGGGAGCUGGAAUGCCAUACCCCACCCCUGCCAUGCAAGGGGCCACAGGCAGUGUGCUGGCUGAGACACUUACACAGGUGUCACCACAGAUGGCCAGCCACGCAGGACUGAAUACAGCGCAGGCUGGAGGCAUGACCAAGAUGGGAAUGACUGGGAACACAAGUCCAUUUGGACAACCCUUCAGUCAAACUGGAGGGCAGCAAAUGGGCACCCCUGGAGUGAACCCCCAGUUAUCCAGCAAGCAGAACAUGGUCAACAGUUUGCCUCCCUUCCCCACAGAAAUCAAGAAUGCUUCAGUCACCAAUGUGCCAAACAUGUCUCAGAUGCAAACGCCAGUGGGAAUUGUACCCACACAAGCAAUUGCAACAGGCCCCACUGCAGAUCCUGAAAAACGCAAACUGAUACAGCAGCAGCUGGUUCUACUGCUUCAUGCUCAUAAAUGUCAGAGACGAGAACAAGCAAACGGAGAGGUCCGGGCCUGCUCUCUCCCUCAUUGUCGAACCAUGAAGAAUGUUCUGAAUCACAUGACACAUUGUCAGGCUGGGAAAGCCUGUCAAGUUGCCCAUUGUGCAUCUUCACGACAAAUCAUCUCUCAUUGGAAGAACUGCACACGACAUGACUGUCCUGUUUGCCUCCCUUUGAAAAAUGCCAGUGACAAGCGAAACCAACAAACCAUCCUGGGGUCUCCAGCUAGUGGAAUUCAAAACACAAUCGGCACUGUUGGCGCAGGGCAGCAGAGUGCCACUUCUUUAAGUAACCCGAACCCCAUAGACCCCAGCUCCAUGCAACGAGCAUAUGCUGCUCUGGGACUCCCCUACCUGAACCAGCCCCAGACGCAGCUGCAGCCUCAGGUUCCUGGACAGCAACCAGCACAGCCUCCGAGUCACCAGCAGAUGAGAACCCUCAAUCCCCUGGCCUUUGUGGAAACAUUUACAGGGAUGAAUUCAUUCAACCCCAUGUCCUUGGGGAAUGUACAGUUGCCGCAAGCUCCCAUGGGACCCCGGGCCGCAUCCCCUAUGAAUCACUCCGUCCAGAUGAACAGCAUGGCCUCUGUUCCAGGGAUGGCCAUUUCUCCUUCCCGGAUGCCUCAGCCCCCAAAUAUGAUGGGUGCCCACACCAACAACAUGAUGGCCCAGGCACCUACCCAGAACCAGUUUCUGCCACAGAAUCAGUUCUCAUCACCCACUGGGGCAAUGAGUGUGAACAGUGUGGGCUUGGGGCAGCCUGCGGCACAGACCGGCGUGUCACAGGGACAGGUGCCUGGUGCUGCUCUUCCUAACCCUUUGAACAUGCUUGGGCCCCAGGCCAACCAGCUGCCCUGCCCGCCAGUGACACAGUCACCACUGCACCAGACACCACCUCCUGCUUCCACAGCUGCGGGCAUGCCACCUCUACAGCAUCCAGCGGCACCUGGGAUGACCCCUCCCCAGCCAGCAGCUCCUACCCAGCCAUCAACUCCCGUUUCGUCUUCCGGGCAAACCCCUACCCCAACGCCCGGCUCGGUGCCCAGUGCUAAUCAGACCCAGAGCACGCCUACUGUCCAAACAGCAGCCCAGGCCCAGGUGACCCCACAGCCCCAGACCCCUGUCCAACCCUCAUCUGUGGCCACCCCUCAGUCAUCGCAGCAGCAGCCAACGCCUGUGCACACCCAGCCUCCUGGCACACCGCUUUCCCAGGCAGCAGCCAGCAUUGAUAACAGAGUCCCCACUCCAUCCUCUGUGGCCAGUGCUGAAACCAGCUCCCAGCAGCCAGGACCUGAAGUGCCACUGAUGGAACUAAAGACUGAUGUUAAGGCUGAGGACACUGAGCCUGAGCCCAGUGAGCCCAAGGGAGAGCUUACCUCUACGAUGAUGGAGGAAGAUUUACAAGGAUCUUCUCAAGGUAAAGAAGAAGCAGAUGCAAUAGAGUCUAAAUCAGAAUCAAUGGAAGUGGAUGAAAAGAAACCCGAGGUUAAAGCAGAUACUAAAGAGGAAGAAGAAGGCAGCGCUAACGGGGCAGCAUCUCAGUCCACGUCGCCUUCACAGCCUCGGAAAAAAAUUUUUAAGCCAGAGGAAUUGCGCCAAGCUCUUAUGCCAACCCUGGAAGUGCUGUACCGUCAGGAUCCAGAGUCCUUACCAUUCCGACAGCCUGUAGAUCCCCAUCUCCUAGGGAUUCCAGAUUAUUUUGACAUUGUGAAAAAUCCCAUGGAUCUGUCCACCAUCAAGCGGAAGUUGGAUACAGGGCAGUAUCAGGAACCCUGGCAAUAUGUGGAUGAUGUCUGGCUCAUGUUCAACAAUGCCUGGCUCUAUAACCGUAAGACAUCACGGGUCUACAAGUUCUGCAGUAAACUUGCAGAGGUCUUUGAGCAGGAAAUUGACCCUGUUAUGCAGUCUCUUGGAUACUGCUGUGGACGAAAGUAUGAGUUUUCCCCACAGACUUUGUGCUGCUAUGGGAAGCAGCUCUGUACAAUUCCUCGAGAUGCUGCCUAUUACAGCUAUCAGAAUAGGUAUCAUUUCUGUGAGAAGUGUUUCACAGAGAUCCAGGGGGAGAAUGUUACCCUGGGUGACGACCCUUCACAGCCCCAGACGACAAUUUCAAAGGACCAGUUUGAAAAGAAGAAAAAUGAUACCUUAGAUCCUGAACCUUUUGUUGAUUGCAAAGAGUGUGGCCGGAAGAUGCAUCAGAUUUGUGUUCUACACUAUGAUAUCAUUUGGCCUUCAGGCUUUGUGUGCGAUAACUGCUUGAAGAAAACUGGUAGAACACGAAAAGAAAACAAGUUCAGUGCUAAGAGACUGCAGACCACACGACUGGGGAAUCACUUAGAAGAUCGUGUCAACAAGUUUUUGCGGCGCCAGAAUCAUCCUGAAGCUGGGGAGGUCUUUGUCCGAGUGGUGGCCAGCUCAGACAAGACUGUGGAGGUCAAACCUGGGAUGAAGUCACGGUUCGUGGAUUCUGGAGAAAUGUCAGAAUCUUUCCCGUAUCGAACCAAAGCACUCUUUGCUUUUGAGGAGAUUGACGGAGUGGACGUGUGUUUCUUCGGGAUGCACGUGCAGGAAUACGGCUCAGACUGCCCACCGCCCAAUACCAGGCGUGUGUACAUCUCUUAUCUGGACAGUAUUCACUUCUUCCGUCCCCGAUGCCUCCGGACAGCUGUUUACCAUGAGAUCCUUAUUGGAUAUUUAGAAUAUGUGAAGAAACUGGGGUAUGUGACAGGACAUAUCUGGGCCUGUCCACCAAGUGAAGGUGAUGACUACAUCUUCCAUUGCCACCCCCCUGAUCAAAAAAUCCCCAAACCAAAGCGCCUGCAGGAGUGGUACAAGAAGAUGCUAGACAAGGCAUUUGCAGAGCGGAUCAUCCAUGACUACAAGGACAUUUUCAAACAAGCAACUGAAGACAGGCUCACAAGUGCCAAGGAACUGCCAUAUUUUGAAGGUGACUUCUGGCCCAAUGUGUUGGAAGAAAGCAUCAAGGAGCUUGAGCAGGAAGAGGAGGAGAGGAAGAAAGAAGAAAGCACUGCAGCAAGUGAAACCACAGAGGGCAGUCAGGGUGACAGUAAGAAUGCCAAGAAAAAGAACAACAAGAAAACCAACAAGAAUAAAAGCAGCAUCAGCCGAGCCAACAAGAAGAAACCCAGCAUGCCCAAUGUGUCCAACGAUUUGUCCCAGAAGCUCUAUGCCACAAUGGAGAAGCACAAAGAGGUCUUCUUUGUAAUCCACCUGCAUGCGGGCCCUGUCAUCAACACGCUGCCCCCCAUCGUCGACCCUGACCCCUUGCUCAGCUGCGACCUCAUGGAUGGCCGAGAUGCCUUCCUCACCCUGGCCAGAGACAAGCACUGGGAGUUCUCUUCCCUGCGGCGCUCCAAGUGGUCCACGCUGUGUAUGCUGGUAGAACUGCACACCCAGGGCCAGGACCGCUUCGUCUACACCUGCAACGAGUGCAAACACCAUGUUGAGACUCGCUGGCACUGCACAGUGUGCGAGGACUAUGACCUUUGCAUCAAUUGCUACAAUACCAAGAGCCACACCCACAAGAUGGUGAAGUGGGGGCUAGGCCUGGACGACGAGGGCAGCAGUCAGGGCGAGCCGCAGUCCAAGAGCCCACAGGAGUCGCGCCGCCUCAGCAUUCAGCGCUGCAUCCAGUCCCUGGUGCACGCCUGCCAGUGCCGCAACGCCAACUGCUCGCUGCCGUCAUGUCAGAAGAUGAAGCGGGUGGUGCAGCACACCAAGGGCUGCAAGCGCAAGACCAACGGCGGCUGCCCAGUGUGCAAGCAGCUCAUUGCUCUCUGCUGCUACCACGCCAAACACUGCCAAGAAAACAAAUGCCCUGUGCCCUUCUGCCUCAACAUCAAACACAAGCUCCGCCAGCAGCAGAUCCAGCACCGCCUGCAGCAAGCCCAGCUCAUGCGCCGGCGAAUGGCCACCAUGAACACCCGCAAUGUGCCUCAACAGAGCCUGCCCUCCCCUACCUCAGCGCCGCCCGGGACCCCCACACAGCAGCCCAGCACACCCCAGACGCCACAGCCGCCCACACAGCCCCAGCCCUCACCUGUGAGCAUGUCCCCUGUUGGCUUCCCCAGUGUGGCCAGGACUCAGCCUCCCACCACGGUCUCUACUGGGAAGCCUGCCAACCAGGUGCCUGCACCGCCACCCCCCGCCCAGCCACCCCCUGCGGCAGUGGAGGCCGCACGGCAGAUAGAGCGCGAGGCCCAGCAGCAGCAGCACCUGUACCGGGUGAACAUCAACAAUGGCAUGCCACCUGGGCGAGCGGGCAUGGUGACCCCCGUGAACCAGAUGGGCCUCAGCGUGCCCCGUCCCAGCCAGGUCAGCGGGCCCGUCAUGCCCAGCCUGCCCCCUGGGCAGUGGCAGCAGGCACCCAUUCCCCAGCAGCCGCCGCCCAUGGCUGGCAUGCCACGGCCCAUGAUGUCCAUGCAGGCACAGCCAGCAGUGGCCGGGCCGCGCAUGACCAACGUGCAGCCACCCCGCAGCAUCUCGCCCAGCGCCCUGCAGGACUUGCUGCGGACGCUGAAGUCGCCCAGCUCCCCGCAGCAGCAGCAGCAGGUGCUCAACAUCCUCAAGUCCAACCCCCAGCUGAUGGCUGCUUUCAUCAAGCAGCGCACAGCCAAGUACGUGGCCAGUCAGCCCGGCCUGCAGCCCCAGCCUGGCUUGCAGCCCCAGCCUGGCCUGCAGCCCCAGCCCAACCUGCAGCCCCAGCCCAGCUUGCACCAGCAGCCUAGCCUGCAGAACCUGAAUGCUAUGCAAGCCACAGGCCCACGGCCCGGUGUGCCCCCACAGCAGCAGGCGAUGGGGGGCAUGAACCCCCAGGGCCAGGCGUUGAACAUCAUGAACCCAGGGCAUGGCACCAACAUGGUGAAUAUGAACCCACAAUACCGAGAGAUGCUGCGCCGGCAGCUGCUACAGCAGCAGCAGCAGCAGCAGCAGCAGCAGCAGCAGCAGGGCACUGCGGGUAUGGCAGCGAGUAUGGCUGGGCAUAGCCAGUUCCAGCAGCCCCAAGGACCCGGAGGCUACCCCCCCACCAUGCCACAGCAGCGGAUGCAGCAGCACCUCCCCAUCCAGGGUAAUUCCAUGGGGCAGAUGGCUCAGAUGGGGCAGCUCGGCCAGAUGGGACAGCCUGGACUGGGUGCAGAUAGCGCCCCCAAUAUCCAGCAGGCCCUGCAGCAGCGGAUUCUGCAGCAGCAGCAGAUGAAGCAACAGAUCGGGUCUCCAGGCCAGCCGAAUCCCAUGAGCCCCCAGCAGCACAUGCUCUCAGGACAGCCGCAGGCCUCACACCUCCCCGGCCAGCAGAUGGCCACGUCCCUCAGUAGUCAGGUGCGGUCUCCGGCUCCUGUUCAGUCUCCACGGCCCCAGUCCCAGCCUCCACAUUCCAGCCCAUCGCCACGGAUACAGCCCCAGCCUUCACCACACCACGUCUCACCCCAGACUGGCUCCCCCCAUCCAGGACUUGCAGUCACCAUGGCCAGCUCCAUAGAUCAGGGACACUUGGGGAACCCCGAACAGAGUGCAAUGCUUCCACAGCUCAACACACCCAACAGGAGUGCGCUGAACAGUGAGCUGUCCCUGGUCGGUGACACCACAGGAGACACCCUAGAAAAGUUUGUGGAGGGGUUGUAGCAUUGUGAGAGCAUCACUUCCCCUUUCAUGUUCUUGGACCUUUUGUACUGAAACCCAAGCGUCUAGGCUCCUUUUGUUCCUAGAUGGAACUGCGACCUCCAGGCCAUGGAAGGGUAGAUCGCUGUUUAAAGAAACAAUACAAAGAAUAUAUUUUUUUGUUUAAAAAAAAAAAAAAAGAAAAGAAAAGAAAAAACCAGUUGAUUUAAGUAUCUGGUCUCUUUUUUUUUUUCUUUUUCCUGUUUUGUUUUUGUUUUGGGGGAGGGAUCUUUGGAUUCCUUUGUCGUCGUUGCCGGUGACUCAUGCCUUUUUUAACAAGAAAAGCAAGUUCAUUGUAUUCCUAUUUUUAUUUGUAUUUUCAAGACUUUAAACAUUUAUGUUUAAAAGUGAGAAGAAAAAUAAUACUCAGAAACUGACUCCUGAAAUAAUGCAAGCUUAUAAUGUAUCCCGAUAACUUUCUGACGUUGCGGGAAGAUUUUUUUCUAUAGUGAACUCUGUGGGCGUUCUCCAAGUAUUACCCUGGACGAUAGGAAUCGGCUCCUGCGUGCACACGUACACACACCCACACACAUCAUCUAUACAUACUGGCUGAAGCCAAACUCUUGUCUUGCAGAUGUAGAAAUUGUUGCUUUGUUUCUCUGAUAAAACUGGUUUUAGACAAAAAAAAAUAGGGAUGAUCACUCUCUUUAGACCAUGCUAAUGUUAAUACAGGAGAGGCAUUCUUUUCUUUCUUCUAUGUGAAACUUGAAAUGAGGAAAAGCAAUUCUAGUGUAAAUCAUGCAAGCGCUAUAAUUACUAUAAAUAAGAAAAUUCAAGAAGAUUCAAUCACUGUAUAGAAUGGUAAAGUACCAACUCAUUUCUUAUAUCAUAUUGUUAAAUAAACUGUGUGGAACAGACAAAAAGGGUGGUCCUUCUUGAAUUCAUGUACAUGGUAUUAACACUUAGUGUUCGGGGUUUUGUUAUGAAGAUGCUGUUUUCAACAUUGUAUUUGGACUAUGCAUGUGUUCUUCCCCAUUGUAUAUAAAGUACCGCUUAAAAUUGAUAUAAAUUACUGAAGUUUUUAACAUGUAUUCUGUUCUUUAAGAUCCCUGUAAGAAUGUUUAAGGUUUUUAUUUAUUUAUAUAUAUUUUUGGAGUCUGUUCUUUGUAAGACAUGAUUCUGGUUGUUUGCUCGUAGAGGAGGAGGCGGGUGAUAGCUGGGCUCUGCCAGGACCUGGAAGAUUCUCUUUCCAGUGAUCGGGCAUACAUGGGCCUAAAACAGCACGUUGCCUCCUUCUGCUUCCCCCAGGGAGAGUAGGGAGGGCUUCCUGUGGAAGCAGCCCUCCUCCCUGUCUAGACAAAUCCCAGAACUGGCACACAGGGUCCUGAGAUUGGAGUGAUUCGCGGUCUCCCCCAAGCCCUGGGUUCGUGGGAGGACGCCGCUAUCCAGCGAGUCCUCAGCACUGGGCGGGCGCACACGGCUCUAUCCCCAGCUCUCCACCCCCCUGUAGGCCCUUACAGUGCGGUGCUAGCCUGGAGGCCACUGCAGGGAUGAGACAGGAGCACCAGCCACUGGCUCGCUGUCAGGAGAGGAGACUCCUUUCAGCUCAGGACCGCUAGCGCUCUGCCGCGUGGGCCCACUUCAGGAGCGUUUUAGGUUCCCUUCCUGAGUGGGUGGCACUUGGGUUCUUGAAUGGUGCCACGGCAUCUGAGAGGAGGGUUUGGAGGAGAGUCAGAUUAAUCCUGUUCCACCCCGCAGCACCAGGGCAUAAAUAGAGUCCUGUCUCCCCAACCAAAGAGUGGUCUAGUUCAGGGUGAGGUGUGACGUCAAGUUUAUAGAGGUCAUGGCCCAAAUACAGCUGCCCUGUAUCCACAGACGUCUCCAAAGAUUGCUGUGGGAAUCUAAACCUGAGGAGACUUUUUAAAAAAAUCAUUAUUAAGAUUCAUUUUAGUACAGAGUUUUCAAUGUUGAGUUUUUAAUAACCUAGUGAAUCAAGCCAGGUAAGAAGAAGUCUAUUUAGAACGCCCCGCCCAGAGAGGGGAAGCAAGACCAUAUCCCUCCCGUGGUCCCUGGCCAGCCUCCUUCCACUCACCGCGGCUCUUAUCUGUGGCCCUCUUCCAAACUGCCUUCUCCAGCCACAGGAAGCGGGUGAGCCUCAGCUAGACCACUGGGACCUGGGAGGCAACAGCCCUUUGACACAGUGGGGACAUCUUUCUUGGGUUACCCUCGAGUCCUACACUCUGCCGACCUUAUCUUCUUGGAGCCCGAUCUCAACCCAGGUGUCAACGGCUUCGGUCUGGAUGCCAACCCCAUGCUUGGCAUAAGGAAGUUUUUGUAAGCAAGUUGAAAAGCCCUGGCACUGUCUCAUGCUCUGUACUUAAGAAGAGAAGAAAAAAAAAGUCCUAUAUUUGUGAUCAAAAAGAGGAAACUUGAAAUGUACUGGUGUUUAUAAUAAAAACUGGUAAAACUG